AUGCCCACUCUGCUAGAUAACACCCUCAAAUCAAAGAACAUGGUCCUUGCCUUCGGAGGCGUUGUGGUUGCUGCUACAGCGUGGAUGCUCGCUGGCGACUUGUUUCCCCCUGACGAGGAUCCCAAGGGCGACCCGGAGACAUGGACGAGGGAAGAGAUGCGGAGAUGGCUAGAAGCACGCAGCCUCUUCCCCAAGUCAAGCGAUACGCGCGAGGAGUUGCUUGCUCGGGUCCAGGCAAAUCUUAGAGUGCCCCGCAAGUAG